AUGUACGAGAGGAUCCUGACAGAUGUUGGAUGCUUGGCUACGAAAUAUGACCUAGAAUGUCUACGAUCUCAAAAUGCCAGCAAGUUGAACCAAGCUUUUGCUCGCGCGUCUGAUUCAUACGUGCCCAUCUUGAACGCAGAUCUAGUUACCGGUUACACUUCUGUUGCUCUGCGCGAAGGAAGGUUUUCAAAACGUUCACUUUUUAUUGGAACUUGUUACAAUGAAACAAGUUCUAUUGUCGUUGCGAGUCGCUUUGCUGCAAACACGUCUGCUGAUUUUCAAGAUUAUGUUGCCGGAUCAUGGGAAGGCAUCUCAAGCACCACUAUCGAUGGCAUCGUAGAUGAAUGCGUCAACAGAAUGUCAGAGGAAGAACUGAAAAAGAGUCUCAGCACGAUACGCCAGUCACUGGGUCCUCAGUAUGGAUCUUUAUUCGGAAACUUGGCUAUGUACCAAGGUGAUAUCAUGUUCGAUGCAACAAGACGUUACACUACGGAAGUUUGA